UCUGCUCACUCCAUCAUAUCAUCACUAGUGUAUAUCGGUUAUAUACAGUGGGAUCAUUGCCUCUUCUUCUACCUUUCCUAGCUUUUGGUGUUUUGCUUCAAAUUAAAGUGUUACCUAUAUAGUGCAAGAAAAGAAAAUUAUAUAUCUAGCAAUGGCAUCGCGUGCUCUUCUCUUGGCAUCACUUGUUCUCUCCUGCUUUCUAUUGCCAGCUUGCUAUGGAACUGUGCUCUUCUCUUCUCUGCAGAGGACUCUUGAAGUCACGGCCUCACCAACAUCCGGACAAGUAUUGAAAGGUGGUGUGGACAAAAUCACCGUGACAUGGGGGCUGAACCAGACCGUCGCAGCUGGGACUGACUCGACCUACAAGACCAUCAAGGUCAAGCUAUGCUACGCUCCCAUAAGCCAAGUUGACCGUGGGUGGAGAAAAACUGUGGACAAUCUAAAAAAGGACAGGACUUGCCAGCACAAGAUCGUUGCUAGACCUUACAACCCUGCUAACAGCACCGCCCAGUCCCAUGAGUGGACUGUUGAGCGUGACGUGCCCACUGCCACGUACUUCGUACGAGCCUACGCUUACGACGCAGAUGAAAAGGAGGUGGCCUACGGGCAAACAACAGAUGCAGGCAAGACCACCAAUCUGUUUGAAGUCCAAGCAAUCAGUGGACGCCACGUCACAAUGGAUACUUGCUCUAUAUGCUUUAGUGUUUUCUCUGUCGUGUCCUUGUUUGGUUUCUUCUACAACGAGAAGAGAAAGGCAAAGAGGCCUCAGUGAAGCGAACAAGGCAAAAAAGAAGGUGAAGUUUGCAGCGCUACUUUUGAAGAGUUCGAGGGACAUGAAUGAAGGGAAGAAAGGACAGUCUUGAAUUUUAUAUCCAUGUAUAAUUAGUUAAUAUAAUUUUUAUAAUAUAUUAAUGUCCUCAAAUAUUUGGUUUGCA